AUGCCUUCCUUAUUCCUAAAAAUUCUAAUAUACAGUUCAAUUCAAUGUGCACUCGGACAGGCGAACUUUUGGGAUUACGAUGAAAAUGUGACACAGAUUGAAGAGGAUUUUAGGAUUGACGAUGUGACGAAGAUUCUAAAAAGACUUGGGAAUUAUAAUAGGAAUGCGUAUCCUUUGUUGGAUCAAGACCUCGCAACCCACGUGGAUAUUCAAAUGUAUAUCGAAGGAAUGUCUUCAUUCCAUGCUCAGUCAAUGGACUUCCAAGUGGACAUUUAUUUUCAAGAAAAAUGGGUUGAUCAUCGAUUACAACACAACAAUACAAAGAGAAUACUCGUGAAAGAUCCGAAACUAUUCGGCCUCCUCUGGCAUCCAGAUCUCUACUUUGCAAAUGCAAGAACUGCCAGUUUUCAUGACGUCACUCAACCGAAUUUCUUGGUUUGGAUCUACCCAAAUGGGACUGUUUGGUAUGAUUGCAGGAUAUCGCUCACAGUGUUAUGUAUGCAGGAUCUAGCUAGAUAUCCACUGGAUUCACAGAAUUGUGGACUGCGAAUACUCAGCUAUGCAUACGACGAAGAGCAACUGAUUAUCAGAUGGAAUGGAGCGAAUCCAGUGGAAGUGAAUCGUGGAAUUCGGAUGCCAGAUAUGCAUUUGAAACACAUCAAAUUUUAUACAAAACGAGACAAAUAUGCGACUGGAAUCUGGUCAUCAGCAGUUGCAGAAUUCCAUGUGGAUCGAGAAAUCACUCAUCAUAUCAUUCAAUCGUAUAUUCCAACUUCUUUGAUUGUUAUUAUCAGUUGGUUCAGUUUUUGGUUAGAUGUUGAAGCAGUUCCUGGAAGAGUUUCUCUCUCAAUUACUACACUUUUGACACUUGCAACACAAUCAAGUGCAGCUCGAAUGGCUCUUCCACAGGCAUCAGAUGUGAAAGCAAUUGACGUUUGGAUGGGAACAUGCAUGGCAUUCGUUUUCUCUGCAAUGAUUGAAUUCACCGUCGUCAAUUAUUGCAUCCGGCGGAAAGUUCGAACGAAGCCAAAGCCACGUGGACUUUCAGAACAAGUUCAUGACCUGGUUGCUCAGUAUAAAGAGAAGAAGGACAAGUUCUCAAAUGGAAAUUGUGAAAUCAGUUACGAAUUGGCUCUUCAACCAAAUGAAGACAGUGCGGCAGUUCAACGGAAUUUCGAGAAAAAAGAAGUUCGUGAAAUGAAUCAAGCACCAUUAUUCGUUCGACGCUCUUUGCUUCCUACUUCAAAACGGAAAACCAUUGAAGAGAGGAUAAAUCGAGUCGAGGAGAACAGGAAAUAUGCUCAAGGCAUCGAUCGAUACAGUCGAGCUCUUUUCCCGUUGGCAUUCAUCAUUUUUAAUAUUUUCUAUUGGCUUUAUUACCUGAAAUAUGCUGUCAGCAACUCACCUGAAUUAUUACUUUAA